AUGAAGUAUGUCUAUGUGAAGAAGGACUCUUGGAAUGGUGUUUGUCAGCUUGGCAGCCAAUAUCUGGACUUGGGAAAGGAGAGUGAGGAGAUCAAGAAAGAUGUAGCAGUUAAGCCUCAGGAACGAGUGGAGAAGCGGCAGACUCCCCUGACCAAGAAGAAACGAGAAGCUCUUACCAAUGGCUUGUCUUUUCACUCCAAGAAGAGCCGGCUCAGCCACUCACACCAUUACAGCUCGGAUCGAGAAAAUGACCGAAACCUCUGCCAGCACCUUGGGAAGAGAAAGAAGUUGCCUAAGGGACUCAGACAGCUCAAGCCAGGACAGAACAGCUGCAGGGACAGUGACAGCGAAAGCGCUAGCGGAGAAUCCAAGGGUUUCCACCGGAGCAGCUCUCGUGAGAGGCUCAGCGAUAGUUCAGCUCCUUCCAGCUUGGGAACAGGCUACUUCUGUGAGGAAAACAGUGACCAAGAGAAGAAGGCAUCAGAUGCUAGCUCUGAAAAACUUUUCAACACUGUUCUUGUAAACAAAGUCUCGGGUCUAGAGAGAAGUCAGGAGAAGAGCCAGGACUGUUGCAAAGAGCCCGUCUUUGAACCUGUGGUGCUCAAAGACCCUCAUCCUCAGCUACCCCGGCUACCAUCCCAGCCCCAGGCGGAACUCCAGCUCCAAAUUCCAUCUCCAGACCCAGACUUGGUCCAGCGCACGGAGGCUCCGCCCCAGUUUCCUCCUCCAAGUACACAGCCAGCCCAAGGUCCCCCAGAAGCCCAGCUGCAGCCUGCCCCACAGCCUCAGGUGCAGCGGCCACCCCGGCCACCACAGUCCCCCAGUCAUCUGCUCCAGCAGGCCCUUCCUCCUCCAGUUCAGUCUCAUCCCUCUUCUCAGAGCCUCUCGCAGCCACUGUCAGCCUACAACAGCAGUAGCCUGAGUCUCAACAGCUUGAGCAAAGAGCAAGAUAUCUUGAGGCAGGAACUAAACACACGCUUCCUGGCCUCUCAGAGCGCCGACCGGGGGGCAUCCCUGGGUCCUCCACCCUACCUGCGGACCGAGUUCCAUCAACACCAGCAUCAGCACCAGCACACGCAUCAGCACACUCACCAGCAUACCUUCACACCGUUCCCCCACGCCAUCCCACCCACUGCCAUCAUGCCGACGCCAGCACCUCCCAUGUUUGACAAAUACCCCACCAAAGUUGACCCAUUCUACCGGCAUAGUCUCUUCCACUCCUAUCCUCCUGCAGUCUCGGGUAUACCCCCCAUGAUCCCACCCACGGGCCCUUUCGGUUCACUCCAUGGAGCAUUCCAGCCGAAGACAUCCAACCCUAUCGAUGUGGCUGCUCGGCCUGGAACAGUCCCCCACACUCUACUCCAAAAGGACCCAAGGUUGACAGAUCCUUUCAGACCUAUGUUAAGGAAACCAGGAAAGUGGUGUGCCAUGCAUGUGCAUAUCGCCUGGCAGAUUUACCACCACCAACAGAAAGUCAAGAAACAGAUGCAGUCAGACCCACACAAGCUGGACUUUGGGCUGAAACCUGAGUUCCUGAGCCAUCUUCCAGGCCCAAGUCUCUUCUGAGCCAUCCAUCAUCCCCACGAUCUGGCACGACCUUCCACUUUGUUCUCUGCCGCUGGUGCUGCACAUCCUACCGGGACCCCUUUUGGGCCGCCACCUCAUCACAGUAACUUUCUCAACCCUGCUCCUUUUAACCGGCCUUUUAACCGGCCGUCUACAUUCACAGGCCUUGCUGCAGUCGGUGGCAAUGCCUUCGGGGGACUUGGAAACCCUUCAGUUACACCCAACUCAGUGUUCGGCCACAAGGAUAGCCCCAGUGUGCAGAACUUUAGCAAUCCUCACGAACCCUGGAACCGGCUGCACCGACCGUCGUUCCCGACCCCUCCGCCCUGGCUGAAGCCAGGGGAGUUGGAGCGCAGUGCGUCCGCUGCAGCCCAUGACAGAGAUAGAGAUGUAGAUAAACGAGACUCCUCCGUUAGUAAAGAUGACAAGGAAAGGGAAAGCGUUGAGAAAAGACACCCCAGCCAUCCUUCCCCAGCACCUCCCGUCCCGGUGAGCGCCCUGGGCCAUAACCGCAGCUCCACUGAUCCGACGACCAGGGGUCAUUUGAAUACUGAGGCUCGUGAGAAAGAUAAACCAAAAGAGAGGGAGAGAGACCACUCGGGAUCCCGAAAGGACCUGACCACCGAAGAGCACAAAGCCAAGGAAGGCCACCUGCCUGAGAGAGAUGGGCACAGCCACGAGGGACGUGUAGCAGGCGAGGAACCCAAGCAG